CAUUACAUAGCUCUUUGCAUAGUGCAAAUUACGCAUUUUAAGUAAAUUGAAUAAUUAGGUAUUUUAGGUGUCAUGUGGUUCAUUUGAACUUUGUAGAGAGAAGGGAAAAAUAUGAUCAGUAGUUUACCUCUGCAUGCACAAGAAGAUUCGAAUAAUUACAUUAUAGUCUCCCCUGAAGCUAACCAAUAAAUUCACGAUGGCAGAUACAUCUAAUAUUGCCGACAUUGAAGAUGAUCCCUUUGCAGAAGUAAAUAUGACUGUGUAUUACGAACAAAUGAAACAAACAUGGGAUAUACUUAAUUACACAUCAUACUUUACAGACACCAUAAAAAUAAUAUUAAGCAUUCUCUCCAUAGCAGCUGACAUCUGUAUAAUUACAAUUAUUAUAAAGAAUCCAAAACUGAAAACAAAGACCAACAUAUACAUUCUUCAUCAUUCAAUAUGGCAUAUAGUAUCUGUAACGGUUUUUUCACUGUUUUUUGCAUUGUCCGAUCUAGUGGAGUGGUUUAAUACUUUUCCAAUGGUUGUCUACUCCACUUUUUGGAAGAUGCACGUUGCAUCAGUAACACUUGUAUUUCUAUUUGGUUUGUGUCUUGCUUUUGACUGGUUUUUAAAUAUUCACAGUCCACAUUUUGUAAAAUUUUCUGCACUCUUUAACAAAUAUGCUAUUUAUUUAAUUUAUAUAGUUGCUGCUUUAUUUGAUACUAUUGAAUAUUUUGUGCAUAUGUUUAUACUUAGUGGACUUUACAUUUUUGUAGUGUUAUCACUCUCACUGUUUAACUUUCUGGACUACAGAAGUAACAAAAAAGAAGUAAAUCUUAAAAAUUACGGAUUGGCAUCUGCAAAUAUCAUUAUCUACUUUUGGUUCCCAUUUUUUUUAUACGACCAACUGCUUGAGUGGUCCUACGGAUCUUUUACUUGGCACACUAUAGUUUUAUAUACAAUGUUUUUAUCAGAAUGGUUUUCUCUCAGUGUAUCUUUAGCUUUAAUUAUUACUUUAAUCAGGAUGGAUAUAGAUAUAAAAGUGGCGAUGCUUAAGAUAUUUAAUCGAAGAAGUAGAAGAUACCAGGAUGUUGUAGAGACCCUUGAAGAAGCUGAAAAUGAAGACGUUGCAAUUACUAUAGCCACUGAUAGUAAAGGUGUAUAAAUGUGAAAGAUUUUUUAUUUUCUAUAGUGUAAAAUAUAAACUUAUUUUGUCAUACUCAAAUAUUGUGACGCUAUUAGCGCUUCUAUACCGCCGAAGAUUCAGGCCUAUUUAUUAUAAUUCGAAUGUUGUAAACAGACCCUUUUAUACGAUGACCUGUCUGUGUAAAUAUUCUUUUUGGAUCUUCCGAUUCUAGGGUUUUAGAAAUGUAAAUAAUUAUUCUUAACCAGAAUUAGGUUGAUAUUCGAGAAGUACUAUUAAACUAUGUAAAAUUGUAAAGGAAGCAAAACUGUUUGUUUGUUCAGUCUACGAUAAACUGUAAACGGUAUCGAUUUUGUUUUAGAUAAAUUAUUACGUGUGAGUUUUUUUAGUUAUUUGUUUUUAGUAUUAAGUGUUUUAUUAUUAAAUAAAUAAGCUUGU